CAGAUCGACUGCGGGCUGGGACAGUCUCCUGCAGACAGUGCUCCCACGGUAGAGAGCAAAAUGUGGGAUAAGUUCUUUUGUUAUUUGACCUUUGGCCUGCUGCUGGUCAUAGCCUGUGCUGCAGCUCCAGCUAGCAACGAUCAUUGCAUCCACUCUGCAGAUCAUCACAAACACCUUCAUCACGCCAAGGAGGAGCACCAUCCUAGCCAUGAGGGUGCCCACCAAGACUGCCAUCUGCUUUCCCCACACAAUGCUGACUUUGCUUUCAGUCUGUACAGGAAGCUAAAUGCCCUGCCUGACUCUAAGGGCAAGAACAUCUUUUUCAGUCCUGUGAGCAUCUCUAUGGCACUAUCCCUGCUAGCACUGGGCGCCAAGGAACAGACUCACUCAGAGAUCUACCGUGUACUGGAAUACAGUAACCUCCAGCCCGCACAGGUUAAUGAGGGAUACGAGCACCUGCUCCACAUGCUCAACCACAGCCGAGACGCCUUUCAGCUGGAGAUGGGCAGUUCUCUAGCUAUCAGACAGGGCUUCAAGCCACUUGACAAGUUCCUGCAGGAUGCCCAACACUACUAUCAGAGUGAGGCUUUCACUGCUGAUUUCAGCAAACCUGAUGUGGCUGCACAAGAGAUCAAUAAGUACAUUGCCAAGAAGACAGAGGACAUGAUCACUGACUUGGUUAAGGAUGUGGAUAAAGACACUGUCAUGAUGCUGAUAAGUUAUUUGUUUUUCAGAGGUAAAUGGGAGAAACCUUUUGAUGCAAAACGCACUUAUAAAGACGAUUUCCAUGUGGAUGAAAACACCAAAGUGACAGUGGACAUGAUGUCAAGGAAUGGAUUAUAUCAGUAUUACAUAGACCAAGCCAACCACACCACUGUCCUGAUGUUGCCAUACAAGGGCAAUGCCUCCAUGAUGAUCCUUCUUCCUGAUGAGGGGAAGAUGCAGGAGGUGGAGGGGCUCCUCUCUAAAGAACAGAUCAAACACUGGCAUGACAGUCUUUUGAGAGAAAGGUUCCCAGUGACAGUGCCCAAGUUCUCCAUGUCAGCAACUUACUCCCUGGCUGACACUCUGCAGGAGAUGGGAAUGGUCAAUGCAUUUUCACAAUCAGCAGACCUCUCUGGAAUUUCAGAGUCACACAAGCUGAUGGUUUCAAAGGUGGAACAUAAGGCAGUUCUCAAAGUGGAUGAGAGAGGCACUGAGGCAGCUGCUGCCACCACUGUAGAGAUUGUGCUAAUGUCAGCACUACCAAGACUGAGAAUCAACCUGAACAGACCCUUCCUCCUGCUGAUUGUUGAAGACAGCACCAAAACUAUCCUCUUCAUGGGCAAGAUCACAGACCCCACUGCUGUAUAAGUGCCCCUCAACUGCUAAUCAAAAUAAAUAUACAUAGAGUUAACUUGAAGAUUUGUUUUUGCUGCAAUUUGUUUUCAUAACAAACAAACAAACAAAAAUUAUAAUAUUAAGUGUAGAACUGGCAGAGUUGUAAAAGAGAGACUUAAAACUCUCGUAGGUCUCUGUUAUAAUGUAACAUUUAGUCAGCUGUACAACACAUACUCCAUCUGCAAAUCCAUAUUGUUUCCCCAUGCUGGUAAUAUACAAUAUAUAUUACUUCUUGUAUUAUUAAUAGUGAUGUUACCCUGUUACCUAAAUUUAGAGUAAAAUUAUCAUUUGUUUUUACAGUGUGAUAUGUCAUAUUCACAUUCUGUUCUCUUGAAAUUUCCCAGGUGGGAAUACAUUGAAAUUGUCUUCCACGUUCAGUUUCUAAGCGUAUUCUAACAUACUGAGUUCAAAUCCAUUUUAAUUGCCUUGGUCUUAGUGAAGUGACAGACAAAAGUAGAGUAGAGUAAUAAGCUGUUGUCCCUUAUUGAGUUGAGGUCCCAACAGGUGUGGCAUUUUAGACUGGGAAUCUUCAUAUGAUUCUUGGAUCAAGUGUGUACACAUUUUCAUUUGUGUCUAUGUAUGUUUAUAUGACUAUCUACAUCUACAACCUAAAUAAAUUCCUCAUCUUAUUUUUGUCUGUUCGAU